GAGAGGGGGGCGGGGGUGGGCGUCGCGGGUCUGACAACUUGGGGACAGACGCGCUCCAAGCUCGGUCAACGGACAUCUCGUCAGUGUCACGCCGCAGUAUCGUUUCUGACCGUAACAACAAGAAGAUGCCGCUGGGUGACGACUGCCAUACUUGGAUGAAGAAGAGAUCAGACGUGAAGGAGCAUUAUGACUUCAAAGAUAUCCUCGGAACGGGAGCCUUCUCUGAGGUAGUCCUGGCAGAGGAGAAGAGAACCCAAAGGUUGGUGGCCAUCAAGUGUAUCCCCAAGAAAGCUUUAGAGGGGAAGGAAAACAGCAUUGAAAAUGAGAUCGCAGUGCUGCACAAGAUUAAACAUGCCAACAUUGUGACUCUGGAAGAAAUAUUUGAGAGUAAAUCCCACCUCUACCUUGUCAUGCAACUGGUAUCUGGUGGGGAAUUGUUUGAUCGCAUCAUCGAGAAGGGCUUCUACACGGAAAAAGAUGCCAGUAAACUCAUUCAGCAGAUUCUGGAUGCUGUCAAAUAUCUCCAUGACAUGGGAAUCGUGCACCGAGACCUCAAGCCAGAGAAUCUGCUCUACUACAGCAUGGACGAAGACUCCAAAAUCAUGAUCAGUGACUUUGGUCUGUCUAAAAUCGAGGGCUCUGGCAGCGUGAUGUCCACAGCGUGUGGAACUCCCGGAUAUGUCGCCCCUGAGGUUCUUGCUCAAAAACCCUACAGUAAAGCAGUGGACUGCUGGUCCAUUGGCGUCAUAGCAUACAUUCUGUUGUGCGGUUACCCUCCAUUUUAUGACGAGAACGACGCCAAACUGUUUGAGCAGAUCCUGAAAGCAGAAUACGAGUUUGAUUCGCCAUACUGGGAUGAUAUCUCGGAUUCAGCGAAAGACUUCAUAGUCCAUCUGAUGGAGAAAGACCCCAAUGUACGUUACACCUGCGAGCAGGCCCUGCAGCACCCAUGGAUUGCUGGAGAUACUGCUCUGGACAAGAACAUCCACGAGUCUGUCAGUGCGCAGAUCAAGAAGAACUUUGCCAAAAGCAAAUGGAAGCAAGCCUUCAAUGCGACAGCGGUGGUCCGCCACAUGAGGCGUCUUCAGCUGGGCACCAACCACGAAGGACCUAAUCAAGCGACCCUGACGAGCCCGUGCCGAUCUCACCUGCUGAUCCCGGGAGAGGACCCUCAACACGCAGAGUCUUGCGGGGAGGCCGGUUGCUCCCAGACACUGGACGGAGAUGGCGUGGAGCCUCUGUCCACCUGUACCUACCGCUGUCACCCAGCUAGCCGGGUGUGAUCCCUGAGCUGCUGCUCUGCUUUGUCGACCCCAGUGAUUUUUUUUUUUCUCCAUUUUUGAACCCCCUCGGUGAAACCCGAGGUUGCGAUUCCCUCACACCCCCUCGUGUCUGGUUUGGAAUGAGGCGUCAUUCCAUCCCCUCGCCUGCAGGGGGAGCAGGUCUGUGAAGUCUGGGAAAGAAGGAGAUUGAAAUUCAAAUUCAGAAAAAUGGGGUGGCGGUGAUUGGUGAUUAUGAUGACGAGUUGUCCGACUAGAUGGGUAGUUUGUGCUCACGGACUACAGCGUGAAGUUGCGAGGAUUGUUUAUUUUCAAUGCAGGAAAGAGUUGAGACUAUGAUUUUGACACAGCCCGUGUUUGCUGUUGUUGCUAAUUGUUUUGUGUUAUAUGUGCAUGAUCAGAAGAGAGAUUCCCUGAGCAUGUUUUAUCUUUUUAAAUAUGCCCUCUUUCUUUCUAUUGUUGCAGAGGAGGGUUUGCCGUAAGCGAAGCCUUCCCGAGAUCUUUUUGCAGUCUUUUGAAUGUAACACAGUGUGAUCUAAGAGCACUGCAAAGUGAACACAGAUCUGUCAGAAAAGGAGAUGCUUUUAGACUAUCUGUGACUUUUAUGCAAAACUCCAUCCAUUCCAAUGUAGCCUUUUAUGAGAUGGUAUAUACUGUAGUAUACGGUGUUUCCAUGCAGUUUCGGAAAAAGGCUUCUCCUUCGCUUCGUUCAACCUCUUGAACCACAUGAGCACAGGGAUCUUAUCUUUGUCUAUGGUGCCUUUAGGGUUUACAGUAUGAUGGGUUUAUUUUAGGUGGGAGCUUCUCAACUGUCUCUAUUUGGACAGUCUGUUCAUGUUUCAUAUUUAUCGCAUUUGUAGCUUUUAUAUGUUUGGUUUCCCUCCAGCUUAGUGACAAAUAUUAAAAAAAUAAAGAUCGAGCCAAAUUGUAAUUAAAUAGGUUUAAUAUUACACAAGCCUGAAGAUAAAGUAUAAAUGAAUGGAUGCAAAUAUAUAUAUAUAUAUAUAUAUAAACAUAUGCAUCUAACAAUUUGUACUGUAGUCAUACAACAGCUGUUUUUCCCUUGUAUGAUUAUUUUACAGGCAGUCUUUUUAAAAAAGAACUUCAUUAAAGAAUGUCAAUAUGCAUCAUUAUUUUCGUUCUUUCACUUCUCUUGUGUUGUAAAGAUUCCUGUAACAUCUGUAGUUAAGUACUGAAUGGGCUUUUUUGUAUGCGUUGACACCAGAGAGGAGUUUUCAUGCGCAUGAUACUGCAUUGUCAUUCCAUAGACGAUUUUCAAACACAUCUAAAUUUUACAUCUGGGGUGGCAGUGUGUAAAUGCGUUGUGAGUCGUUGCUGUGAGGUAAGCACGGGAGCCAUCAAGCCAAAAACCCUGCAGAUUAAAAAAAAAAAAAAAAGGGAAAAAUGUAAUGGUGUUGCUUAAAAUGAAAAUGUCAAGGCUUUAUUCUGCAGUUCUGUAAGGUCAUGUGGUUGUGCUCUUGGACAGUAGUGUAAGAUGUCGACUGUAUUUUACUGGGUUUCCUAGUCUGAAUUGUUCAGAUAACGUGGCGUACGCUUAUGUAACUCCCUAAAGUAUCCAAUUAACAGUUGAUUUUUACAUGAUUGACUCUGGGGAAAUAUAACCAAUUAAUCAAUUCAAUGUUUUGAAAAAUCUACUCUGAAUGUUCUAAACUCUUGUUUCCUUGCUGUUGUGUUCUUUUUUUUUUUUUUUUUUUGAGGGGGGUGAUCCUCAGCACAUGUUGUCAUUCUUCAGACCACAAGUUAGUUGAGUCUUAAUCAAAUGCAUUUCUAAUACACUACAUGGAAUUUUGUUCGAAUCAGUUUUAAACCGAAUUCUUAACAGCGAAUUAAUUCCCUGAAUUUCUUUUGAUGUUAUCAAAAGCCGAGAUAUAUAUUUUAUGACAAUGUGACGUCCCCUUGAUGUAAAGUGGGUCAAACCUCCCUAAAUAAAGAGGAAAGAAAAUCCAACAUUCCUGGUCAAUGAAGUAAAUAAUGAUCACAUGUAUAACCAUGUAGCCAUUACCUCACCACUGGACUCGCUGUGGUAAGAUUUUUUUUUUUUUUUGGGGGGGGGAAUACACACAACAGGGUUGAACGUACACGAUGUUAUUUCAACUAUUUCUGCUUUCAAUUACAGCAUUCGAAAUGCUUUUCAUUGGGAGAAAGGGAACAUAUUAGUGUGAAGGUUAUCUUUUUACUCUUCACUCUUUUUGGUCCUUGAGAUGGAUUUGUCGUACCAAUGUUUUUAACCAUGAAAAUGUCUUUUUUUAAAUAGUAUUUUCAACUGUACACAAAGAUGCAACGCAUCAUGGGCUGUGGAAAAGUGGCUGUAAGUGAAACAUACAUUAAACUCCUUGUCUAUGCA